AUGUCCGUCUCGUACGAUUUCAGUGGCAAAGUGGCCCUGGUGACCGCUGCCAACACGGGUCUGGCUGUGUCUACGGCCAUACAGUUCGCCAAAUCGGGCGCCAGUGUUGUGGUGAGCGGACAGUAUGCCGACAGUCAACUCACGACUGUAGCCAAUGAGUGCCGCAAUACUGGCGCUCGUGUGUUCGAAAUAGCGGCCGACCCCACCCGGGAGGAAGACAUGCGAAAACUGGUCGACAAGACUAUCAGCACUUUCGGUCGAAUCGACAUUUUGGUCAACUGUCCCAUCUAUCCCGAGCACAACCCCAUUGGCGACCCAUCAUUACUAUGGCCUCCAGAGUCGGCUUAUUGUAUGGCGAGAUCGGGGUUUGAUAUGUUCACCAAAUGUAUGGCCACUGAGUUGGGACCCAAAGGCAUACGAAAUCCAUCAACCAUUAAUGGACCAAGUACAGAUUCGGGUUCAGUGCAGACAUUCAAAUAUCCUUUCUCAUUUGCCAAAGUAGUCCAUUAUUCGGGGGGUUGGACGCGCGAGGUGAGUGCACGUGAGUUACCAAUAGCCAAACAACUAUCCGGAGUACAAAUGAGACUUAUCAGUGGUGGGGUAAGGGAGUUGCAUUGGCACAUAACAUCGGAGUGGGCGUAUGUCAUAUCGGGCACAUGUCGUAUUACGGCAGUAGACCAACAGGGCCGGGCAUUUGUCGAGGAUGUCAGUGAGUCGGACUUAUGGCUAUUCCCAGGUGGGAUACCUCAUUCUCUCCAAGACGAGACAGAUUUAUUAAAACACAUUCCACUAGAUGUGCUUGCUAAAAACUUUGACGUACCUAAAUCGACAUUCGCAAAUUUACCUCAAAAUGAACUGUACAUAUUUGCUUCGGAUUUACCCCGACCUUUGGAGGUGGAACAACGCCAGGCUGCCCAGGGUACCGGAUUUGUGCCGGAAUCGUACGCAUUUUUUGCAUCACAAAUGUUCCCGAACGUAACUCGAUUAGGUGGUGAAGUUAAAAUUAUUGAUAAAAAUAACUUCCCAGUUACAACUACCUCCGCGGCCAUUGUAACCUUAAAACCUGGUGGACUACGGGAAAUACAUUGGCACCCAUUAGGGGAUGAAUGGACCUAUAUAAUAAAAGGUUGGAACAUUAUCCUGCAGGAUAAAGAUCUCCACAAGUCCACUAACUAUUACGAAGACGUUUCAUUGGCUGUAUGGUUAGCCCAUACGCCCUCCCGAUUGGUCAACGAACACAUACAUAGUGGCGAA